UUAUUUCAGCAUCAGUACCGCUGGGGAGAUUUUCUAUACCGUCAGACAGCAGCACAUAACCUAGGCUGCACUACAGCACCACUACUGUACGUGUGACUUGUCUGACACAUUGAUAGGAAGAAUCCGAGAAUAUAAAAGAGGAUUAUUACUGCACAAUUAACGGAAAUAAUAUAUUGCAAUGAGAUAGCGCCUGCAAAACAGAUCCUUGUGAGAGAUCCGCUGCACAUUAGCUCAGAGAAGGCGUGCUAGGAGGGGAAAGGUUCUCCUGCAGCUGUCAGAAACGCUUACAUUCAUACUGCUCUGCAUUUGGGGUCCUCCCACCUUUCUUGCUUCGCUGAAGUUUCAGUCUGUGGUCAGUGCCAGGCGGCGCAGCGGUUCGUCAACAUAAAUGGUGGAAGCGAUAGUGGAGUUUGACUAUGAAGCUCAGCAAGAGGACGAGCUGACCAUCACAGUAGGCGAUAUCAUCACAAACAUUACAAAGGAAGAAGGAGGCUGGUGGGAAGGUGAAUUCAAUGGCAGAAGAGGUUUGUUCCCUGACAACUUUGUAAGAGAACUAAAGAAAGAUAUGAGAAAAGAAACUACUGGAAGUAAACCUGGGGAUAAGCCAGUUACAGAAGUUUCCAGUGGAAGUCCCUCACUGUCAUCAGACUUGACUGUCAAAACCAGUAAUAAAGGUGAAGCAAUUAGGAAGAGAAGAUGUAAAGUAGCUUUCAGUUAUGCUCCAAAAAAUGAAGAUGAGUUGGAACUGAAAGUUGGAGACAUUAUAGAAAUAUUAAGUGAAGUAGAGGAAGGAUGGUGGGAAGGAAUACUCAAUGGAAAGACAGGAAUGUUCCCUUCCAACUUCACCAAGGAAAUAUUUGACCAGCCUGGGGAAACCAGAAGCUCACAGGAAGACUCUCUUUUAAAACUAAGCACAAAGGACACAACAGGUUCCGAGAGUGAUGGUGGAGACUCGAGUAGCACAAAAUCUGAAGGAGCUAAUGGGCCUUCUGCAGCAGAAAUUCAGCCGAAGAAGAUAAAAGGCUUUGGUUUUGGUGAUAUUUUUAAAGACAAACCAAUUAAAUUACGACCAAGGUCAAUGGAAAUGGAAAAUGAAAUCCUGCCAACAGAUAAGCCAACUGGGAAAAAAUUACCUCCAGCAACAACAGCAACAACGACAACAGCUCUGGAGCCAGGAAAAUCAGACGUAGACAGUAGAACAAAGACUAAGGAAUACUGUAAAGUUCUAUUUCCGUACGAAGCACAGAAUGAAGAUGAGCUGACAAUCAAAGAAAGUGAAAUAGUAACUAUUACAAAUAAGGAAUGUGCUGAUAUCGGAUGGUGGGAAGGUGAAGUUGGUGGCAGACGUGGAGUUUUUCCAGAUAAUUUUGUAAAGCUGCUGCCACCUGACUUUGAAAAAGAGAGACCCAAGAAACCACCACCUCCAUCAGCACCAUCUGCCAAACCCAUGCAAGAUAAAAAAACAGAUGUUAGAAAAAUACCUCCAGAAAGACCAGACACUCUUCCAAAUAGGACAGAAGACAAAGACAGACCAGACAAAAAGCAGUGGCCAGUGGACUUGCAGAAGCCAACAGUACCUGCCAUACCUCCAAAGAAACCUCGACCUCCAAAGACGAACUCUUUGGGGAAGCCAAGCACUUUACCCCCUAAACGACCAGAACGACCAGCAGUGCCUGCAGCAGAGCUAAGGUUUCCCUUCAAAAAUUCACAAGUCAGUUCCAGUCAAGGGAGUGACAGUCCAAAGUCGGACGUUGGAGGUAGCACAGUAUCCAGCACCCCGGAGAAAGAGUCAUCCGAAAAGUGCAUCGACACUGACUUUGAAGGCUUUGACUCCAUAGUAUCAAGUACUGAGAAACUUAAUCAUCCCACAGCAUCUAGGCCAAAAGCAUCUGGAAGGCGACCACCAUCGCAGGUAUUUACUUCUUCGUCUCUUUCAAGUCCUGACCUUCUUGACUCCACGAGCCCUGAAGAUGACAGAGAUGAAAAGGAGCGAGAUGAACAUGAUGGCUGCUUUAUCCCCAAAAUCGCAGAACUUGCUAAAAGGCCUCAACAGACAGUCCCUAUACCACCAAAACCUGGACCUCCAAUUUUACCGUCCACUGGAAGCAGCACGCAGUUGCCAGGACCUCUAGCAAGCACACUUCAUCCUCUUAAUGUCAGCACAACAGGACACAGACCUAACUCACCUUGUUUGCUUACCGCUGAAGUGAAGUCAGAGACUGAACCUAUUAGUCAAGGCCAGCAUGCUUUAGAAGAGAUGCGAGCACAAAUUAGAGAUCUGAAGAAUGUUAUAGAAAUGAUGAAGAACCAGCACAGGAAAGAAAUUAAACAGCUAAUGAAUGAACUUGAUGAAGAAAAGAAAAUUCGCUUAACAUUACAGAUGGAAGUAGAUGGAAUAAAGAAAGCUCUUCAAUCAAAAUAAAUACUUGAAGUGCUAUUUGUUGCUUCUGCUCACAGCGAGUGCAAGACUUAAUGUACUGCUCCUGCCAAAAUAAUUUUGUGCCAAAUAUAUAGAAAAAAAUCCCAUGAAAAUAUAUUGGAAAAAGAUUAGCACAAUAUUGUUUUUUUGUUUGAAAGCACAGUGCAGGUGGAUAUAAGCACAGCACCAGUCUCAUCAAAUAGGAUUCCCAAACGAUGACAGCACUGUGUCCUAAGAGUCGCACGGGUCACGAUUGAUGGGCUCUGAUUACGUUUAAAGGCUUGUAUACUUUCAGAUUGCAAAGAAAUAAUUCAGGCAGUUAUGCCUGGACUGGUACUAUUUUGAUAUUUUUCCACAAAUAAAAAUAUUUCAGAA